GGCGUGUAUAGGCUGUUUACCUACGGCAGAUACCUUAAUGACUAAACGAGUCUGGGGCUUAAUGAAUUGGUCAUUUCAGCUUGAUGCUAGUAUAAGCUUUGAGAUGUGGGUUGAGAGAUUAUUGAAUAACCACAAUGAGGAACGUUGCAGUAAGUUUAUUAUGCUAAUUUGGGGGUUAUGGAAUGCUAGGAAUACAAUCCUUUGGCAGCAGGUUUAUACGCCACCUCAGAGUAUUGUGGCUGGAGCUUUAACAUUUCUGGAAGGUUGGCAGCAAGCUCAAGGAACAAACCGCAAGUCACAGAAUCAAUUGCAGACAACUGUGAGGUGGG